AUGGCCUAUCCCCAAGAGACGUUCCUCACAACGCGGCUGAUGCCAGGGUCUCUGAUAUCUCGACGGCGUGGCGUUGUUGGCUCCAACACUCUCUCUUACCAGCUCGAAAUGUUGAAAAAGACAGGCAGAUACGAUGCGUUUGACCUGCAUUGGCAUUCUUCCUACGAAGAUCCUCCUGAUGUAUGGCCGAUACCAAAUCACCUCUUCUGGGACUCUGAUAUUGCCAAAUGGAUCGAAGGAGCAUGUUAUUUUCUUCAUGAACAUGAAGACCCAAAAAUCGACGCGGCAGUUAAGGAGCUAGUCAACAUGAUUCGCGGUGCUCAGCUUAAGGAUGGUUAUAUCAACAUCCAUUAUACAGUCGUCAAGCCUGGAGAGCGGUUCACCAAUCUACGGGAUUUUCACGAACUCUACAACGCAGGCCAUCUCAUCGAGGCAGCCCUCGCUCACAAUCAACUCUACCGAAAUGAUGAUCUUCUUGGUCCGAUACUAAAGUACGUCGACUUCUUGUGUGGGGAGUUUGGACCCAAAAUGAAUCAAACCCCUGGCUAUCCAGGCCACCCUGAGAUCGAGCUCGCCCUUCUUCGACUAUACCAUCGGACUCAGAAUCCUGAGCACCUUGAACUGGCAAAGUUCUUCAUCACUGAGAGAGGAAACCCGAACGGCGUCGAUGGCUGUCACUAUUACCAUUUCGAAGCAAGGCAAAGAGGCGAAGAACCGGGCGUGAGAAUGCCGUACUGGGGAGACGCGGACGCUCUAUGGUACUAUCAAGCCCAUAAGCCCCUUGUGGAACAACAGACCAUCAAAGGGCAUUCUGUGCGUGCCAUGUACCUCCUCUCGGCAGCCGCAGACUUGGUACGCUUGGACCAGACCUCCGACGGUCGCCUAAAAGAUGCCAUAUACAGACUAUGGGACAACAUGGUAACAUGCAAGAUGUACGUGACCGGAGGGAUUGGCGCGAUAAAGCAAUGGGAGGGCUUCGGUCCGAACUAUUUCCUUCCCCAGGGCAGUGACGAGGGAGGCUGCUACGCUGAGACCUGCGCGGCCAUCGGCGUCAUGAUGCUCGCCGAACGAAUUCUACAAUACGAUCUCGACCAUCGAUUCAGCGACAUUAUGGAAUUGUCGCUCUACAACGCCGUGCUGACAGCCAUGUCCUAUGACGGCACCAAGUUCACGUACGUCAAUCAGCUAGCGUCCAGCGACGAGGACCUCUCAAAACGAGAGGAAUGGUUUAAAUGCGCUUGCUGCCCGCCGAACAUUCUUCGACUACUUGGUCAAAUUGGGGGCUACAUCUACACACGAACAACAGGAGAACAGGACCGACUCAGUGUCCACUUGUAUAUCUCAAGUUCCACCGAGUUCAAAUGCGACGAUCAGCGUGCAACGUUGAUUCAAAAGACCGAUUGGCCGUGGAGUGGGAGGGUCGAUUUCAAUCUUGAAACGCAGGCAUCGCGGAUCACUGUCAGUCUAGCUGUUAGGAUACCAGGAUGGGCCAAGGAGUGGACGAUGAGUCCAAGGCCGCCGCCCGAUAGCGAAGAGAAAGGAUACCUAAUUCUGCCCGCCACGUGGUUGUCUAUUAACCGGUCCUUUACUUUGGACAUCGACAUCUCGCCUCGCCUCAUUGCCCCGCACCCUUUUACCGACCAAGAUACUCUGGCAGUGGUUCGCGGUCCAAUUGUGUAUUGCGUUGAGGAUGUCGACAACCCUUGGGUGCUGGACCACUUCAAAAGCAUUUUGCUCGACGCUGCAUGCUCGUUGGACGAGAAAACUGUGACCGACGACACCACAGGAGACACAUACGUGGCACUCACAGCCACCAAGGGCGUUAGCAUGCUCACGAAGGACAGCAUUCAUGCUUACCCUGGCGUUGAAUGUAACGGAGCGGCAAAGUUCAGCAAGAGAAUCAUUGACAGGUUGAAUUUUGUUCCGUACUAUUUCAAAGCCAAUCGCGGCGGUCUCGGCCAAGCGCGAGUUGGGCUGAGAAGAUGGCAUCAUGAUAUUUGA